AUGACGCAAAAGUCGGAAGCAGAUGAGUUUCUGCAGCAGCUUUCAUUGCCGCUCGAGGAGCUAAAAGCGAUUAUAAUUAAGGCGAGUGGCCAAGCUGAGAUUCUUAGAGAGCUGACUGGAAUUCUGCAGUGUAGCGAAGGCGACCUUACUGAAGUAGUAAGGGAACAGCAGCAAUCAGUGCUACAUCUGAAUGAAGUAAUUCAGUCAUUUCAGGAUCGAGGCGUCGGCCCGCAACGUGCGAGUACGUCGCACAUGAAUGCUGCUGCAGGUAAUGAGAUGUUGCAUGUAAAGCAGUCGUUGGAAAUACUAAGGAAAAGAGAACCAUUACAGGGCAGUCCUGUAGGCAGUUCGCACGGAUCACAAAGGAUCAGCGUUGGGCAUCCAGCGCCCCUGAAAUCGACCUCAGAAGGACAAUCGCGAAGAUCGUCGACACAGUCUUCCCUCGCGCAAAGCAGGGGUGAGUUAGAUGAUUCUUCUAGUCAACAUAAGUGUUGCUCUUGUGAGUCUGGGUCCCAAGGGCAUAUGGUGGCGCAGUCUGCGGAUGUGCUAUCGGGAUUAAAAGAGAUCAUGAAGGCGCAGUGUCUAACGGAGGUAGUGAAGUACAACGGGAAAAACUCGUUGGGAGAUUUUCUCAGGAUGAUGGACUUCAAAUACCCUAAAAGUGCUUGGACAGACUCGGAACGCCGAGACAUUUUGGUCACCCUAUUGGAAGGGCAGGCGAAAAUGCUGUAUAGGACGCUUCCGAAGGAAGUCAAGGAGGGCCCUUACGAAGGUAUCGUCAAGGAAUUAAAGGCGGCAAGGUCAACGCCAGGCGAACGACUAAAACUACUGAAAGAGUGGGACUCUUUGCAAAAGAAAGAGUCUGAAACCGUAAAUGACUUCUGUUAUCGGAUGGAGCGUUUGUCAAGGAAGCUGCAUGCUGAAGCGGACCGAGACUUCCUUCUCGGCAGUAAGCUGUACCAAUGCUUGGCAAACUGGAGAGACGCCUACCACAUGCUCACAGAGUUGGACAGGGCAGACGGAGAGGUCUACCAAGCUGUGAGAAAGGCGGCUCUACGACUGGAACGCACCCAACAACCGCAACCAGGAGGAAAGCAGAUCCUGAAGAAGGAUGGUCGAGGUGACCAACGAAGUCCUAACUGGAAGGAGCAGGCGGUGCGUGCGGGUGCGCGCAGUAAGGAGAGUAGGCCCAAGUGUUAUGGCUGCGGUGAGGAGGGACACGUGGUUAAGAAGUGUCCAAAGCAGGUUGCAAAGGAUACGAAGCAACGCAAGCAGCCAGGGCCGAGUCAAACGCUCAGCAAGAUAAAAGAUGUGCGCAUGGAAGCCCAGUCAAAUGGCAUGACGGAGGCGUAUGGGAAGCCAUACAUUUGCAACAUCACGAUCUUUGGAAUCAUUGCAAAGGCAAUGAUCGAUACAGGAUCUGUUAUUUCAAUAGUGCCGAUGGGGCUUCUUAAGCACGCUCAGAACAACGGAGUCGACCUGGAUGGCAUGGUAAAGGUAAUGGACUGGUGCGCAAAGCGGCCGAUAGUCGACGCAUCAGGAAACACUAUGUCAUUUCUGAAGUUAAUUGCGACAGAUGUGGAGCUACACGGUGCGCAGUUGGCAUGUGUUCAGUUACACAUACAGAACAGUCCAGAGUCGUUGGUACUGUUGGGAACGAAUGCGCUCAAGGCCUUAGGAGUGGACAUAAGACUGUCACGGAGUGAAGCGCAAGCCAAAGAGGACAAGGUAGCGAGUACUACGGCAAGGGUGUCGGGACGCUACGUCAUACCCCCUGGGGCAGCUAGUGUCUUGCUAGUGACCUCCCCAGUGAAAGAGGGCGAGCAAGUCUUCAACUCGAGUGACGAACGUGUAGCAUCCGGUGUAUGUCGGAUAACGGACAACGUAGCACCACUAUCAGUGAUAAAUAGAGGUAGCGAGUCGUGGGUAAUCCACGAGGGACAACCUCUCGGCGAAUGGAGUUCGGAAACAUGGUACGAUCCUCGGACAAAAGACAUUCCAGGCGAUAUGCUUGAACUGAAUCGAUCAGAACGCUUAUCGCACACUGAAAGAAGGGCUUUUCUCAUGCGGAUGCUGGAUGAAAAUAGGAGAAGCGGUGCGAUGCCAGAGGGCUUGGUCAAGCUCGUAGAGGAGUACGAGGACGUCUUUGCGGUAUCUGAUUUGGAAUUAUCGCAAACGGAUUUGAUCAAGCAUGACAUCGAUGUGGGCGAUGCCGCACCUAUCCGGCAACGUACACGACCAGUCCCUUAUGCCAUGCGAGUGGAAGUGGACCGCAUGUUGAAGGAUUUGAAAAUGAGGGAAGUCAUAGAGGAUAGCCAGUCACCAUCUCGUCGUUCGUCGCGCACCGACAUUUCCACCAUCGACUAUCACUGCCCUGGUGCUAUGGCUCAUGGAGAGCAGUACCUGUCAUGCCACGUUGCGGUGGAAUGGUCCAACAUUGUCAUGGAGCCGCCGUUGCCGGAAUUGGUCUUUCAUUCAAUUUUUGAGUUGGCCCGAGCAGUGACCAUUUUGCGUCAGACACAUGUACCUGCGGAAUGGCGAACGGCCUCCAUUGCUGAUACGGAAUACAUUACGUUGUCACCAACGUCUCUCGGUUUCGCGAUCUCGUUCUUCAGGGCGCAAUGCCUUCACUUGGCGGCGUUUUCUCGUCGUAUGUUGGCUCCGAAUACGGCACAGGAAAAGAUGGCGCAUCCGCCACGACACUCGGAGGACCCCUUCGAUUUGGCAAAGAUGUUCGACGAAGCUCAAAAAUGGUCUUUCGCUCAUCCCUGGAGAAAAGGACUUUGGAGAGAGCUCCCCCGUCUGAAGACGUUGAUUCUGCUGCCAGAAGGAUUCUACACUCAUGUCGAGCAUAUCACGAAUGAACAUCAAGUAGCGUACGCUUAUACUCAUCCGCAUUCGAUCAAGGCGGAGUGGUUGCUCGGCGAAUGGUCGGCAAUUGUAGUCUUCAGCUCGACGUAUUAUGCGGGAACGCGAUCAUGGACGAAACCAUGGGAGCUCAUACUCGGAGUGGUGGCGCGUGGCGCCGAGCUAAUACUGUUACCAGGGCCCCACGACGAUUUCGAAUGGGGUAAAGGCGUUGAUAUGUUGAGGGAUCUUGCGGAGGAGACCAUUGAGCAGAGACCCAGCUUGGCACAGCGAAUCAAGAUUCUGUUGCCUCGGAAAGCUGACGCCAGUAACAAGAGCCAUCCGAUGUUUGCGAUCGAGGGCAAGACUACCACACAGCCCCGGUUCUAUACGGGCACAAGUGCGAGGAAGUUCUUCAACGCGACGUUGGAAUUUCAUGUGCCAUAUCUUAGCCUGGAGCCGUUCAAGAGGAGACUUCCUGAAGAGGGACAAAGAGAGGUCGCAGAGAGGGGGCGUGGCCCCCCCAAGCGUGGUCGUUUCUACUAUCGUGGACCACAAGGGCACAAGUUUCCCCCCCAUGGGCGCCAC